GGCUACGAGACAGUUGGAACUACUUGUGCUAUCUGCCCGCCAGGAAAGUUUUCAGACAGUUUGAAUGCUUCUCAGUGUCUUCUCUGUCCACCCGGAAACUACAGCUCUCAACCAGGAAGCACCAAGUGCGAUCCUUGUCCAGGCAAUACGUACAGCUCGGCAGGCCAAACCUCUAUAUCAGCGUGCAGUUGCAAUACCGGCUUUUCUGGCUUUGACCUCCAAACGUGCUUGCAGUGUGGGGUAGGCAAGUACAAGGCGUUUGUUGGGUUCGGAAAUUGUUCCUCAUGUCCUCCCGGCACCUUCAGCGAUGCUCUCGCUGCAACCAAUGUGUCGUCGUCAUCUUUCUGCAUCCAGUGCGCCAUCGGGUUCUACACGGAUGAACCUGGUCAGCUCUGCCGCCCCUGUGAGGCUGGAUACUUUUCGAUGCCUGGCGACUCGACGUGCACGGGAUGUCCUGCAGGAACGGCAAAGUCAGUGACGGGGAACGGCAUGUGCUCGCCCUGCCGUGCGGGCACAUGGUCGCAAGCGAACGCGAGCCACUGCAAAGCUUGUUCUGUCGGCACCUUCUCAACGUACGGAGCAUCAAUCUGCCAGAUGUGUUCUAACGGGAAGUACACCAACGUCACAGGUAUGGCAACUCGUGUUGUAGUGUCCUGCCAGGACUGUCCGGCGGGAAGCUAUAGUAUGACUUCGUUCACCUUGGGCUCGAUCAAUUGCUCGGAUUGUCCGCAGGGAACAUUCAGGAGUGACCUAGGCAGCAAAUACUGCAGUCCUUGUCCCCCGGGGACCUCAGGGUUGGAGCUCGGUGCCAGCCAGUGCCCAGCUUGUCCCGCUGGAACUUUUUCACCUGGCAACACGUUCGAGUGCGCUGGAUGCCCGGCCGGAACUUUUUCUACGCAGAAUUCCUCCGUCUGUUCCUUUUGCCCGCUGGGGAAGUUUUCAGACCAGGUGAACAGGACCUCCUCCUCUGACUGCUCGCCUUGCGAGGCGGGAACAUCGUCGGACUCCCUUUUUCAGUCAUGUGUCAACUGCCCAGCAGGAGAGUACUCCUCUGCUCAGACAGAGUUUGUCUGCACUGCUUGCCCGGCGGGAAAGGUCUCCCUGUUCCCCGGCACACAGUCGGCGCAAGGCUGCGUCCCCUGUAACGCGAGCACAUACGCGGUUGCUGGCAGCUCGACCUGCACAGCAUGCCCCGACGGCACGUUCUCU